AUGUGGGAGCAGCACGGGUUUGGGCCAGCGCGGUCAAGCACGCAUCUUGACUCGUUGAAGAAGCGGAAGCUCGUUGGCAUUUGGCUGCUAUCCUCUGCAUUGAUCCAAGGCUGGAUCGCGUAUCAGAUGUGGGGAGAGCGUGGCGAGCGCAACCGCGAGGCGCUGCGACAAUACUUGACAAAGGGCCAAGACCAGAACAACAAGUAG